AUGGGUGACCUUCCGGGAAGUGGUUUCCGAAACCGUGUGAGUGAGGCCAAAACACGGGGAAAGGGGGUGACGAUCCAGGUGCGCAACGAGGACGUUGCGCAGUUAGUGGGGUGCCCCCCAAAGAACUGGGAGGCAAGGUCGUGGUCUGGAGAUGGUAGACGGCCAUCAGGAGCACUCCACUCGACUGGGUUGUCCGCUCGAUCGAGCUUGCUUCUUGCUCGAUCGAGUUGUGCCUCGAGUUAG